AUGAAGAAUGAUUAAUUAAUGUCACUUAUGUCAUACGUGACACAAAUUUUGUGCCGAUAAAUUCCAGUGUAUUGAUCAAAAAUGGUCGAGCGAAGAGUAAUUUUAAAGACCGAUCCUGAUACCUUACUGAAACCAUCUUCUGUAGCUAAGAAAACAGGUUGUAAGAGCCAAGUAUGCAAUCCCCCGCCCCCUCAGCCUUCCCCCAUUUUCGAAGAAAAAAUGAAAGAUUAUAUUUUGGAUAAUGACAAGUUAAAAAAAUGCAUGGAAUUACUUUUGGAUAAUAUCAAUAAAGGUUUAAAAAAAGACACUCAUCCAUCAGCUAUCGUGAAAUGCUUUCCAUCAUAUGUUCAAGAUCUCCCAGAUGGAACAGAAAACGGCAAGUUUUUGGCUCUGGACUUGGGUGGCACCAAUUUUCGAGUGUUAUGCAUAGUUCUGGACAAUGACAAAUGCGAAAUGUCUUCUAAGAUCUUCGCGGUACCACAAAAUAUUAUGCUGGGUACUGGGGAAGAAUUGUUCGACCACAUAGCCGCUUGCUUGGCAGAAUUUUGCACUGAAGAAGGCAUUUUGGAAGAAAUUCUGCCUUUGGGAUUCACCUUCAGUUUUCCUUUGACACAAAAAGGUUUAAAUGUUGGUAUACUGGAAAUGUGGACCAAAGGUUUCAAAGUUUCUGGCGUAGUAGGGGCGGAUGUAGUUCACUUGUUAGAAGAGGCGAUCCAAAGGAGAGGAGAUGUAAAAAUUGAUGUUUGUGCAGUGUUAAAUGAUACAACGGGAACGUUAAUGUCCUGUGCUUGGAAGAACCACGAUACAGUUAUUGGCCUAAUUUUGGGUACUGGCACCAACGCCUGUUAUUUGGAGAAACAAGAAAACAGUGAGCUAUUUGAUGCAGAAGACAUGGGUUCAGGCCAAGUCAUCAUCAACACUGAAUGGGGCGCAUUCGGUGAUGAUGGGUGUUUAGAUUUUAUUAGAACUGAAGAAGAUAACACUGUUGACAAGGACAGUAUCAAUCCAGGCAUUCACAUCCAUGAAAAAAUGAUAUCAGGAAUGUAUAUGGGUGAUAUAGUAAGACUGCUUCUGAUUAAGUUCAUUAAAGAAAAUUUGAUGUUCGGUGGACAACUCUCUAGUAAAUUGGAAGAACAGGGCAGUUUCCCAACAAAAUACGUGUCCAAAGUUGAAUCUGACGCACCCGGCAACUUUGUACAAGCAAAAGAAGUUUGCGACAAAUUGGAACUUGCUGCAGCAUCUGAUGAAGAUUUUAUACAUUUGAGAUACAUUUGCGAAUGCGUUUCGAGGCGAGCUGCAUUUCUAUGUUCAGCAGGUUUGGUAACGCUCCUACAUAAAAUAAACAGGCCGAAGGUUACAAUUGGUAUUGACGGAACGUUAUACCGUUUGCAUCCAACCAUUCACGACCUAAUGGUGGAGAAAAUGCAAGAGCUUUGCGACCCCAAUAUUCAGUUUCAGUUGAUGUUGUCCGAGGAUGGUAGUGGAAGGGGUGCUGCGAUAAUUGCAGCUGUUUUGGCAAGGACUAAGGAAGCACCGGCAGAGGGCGAGGCCGAAGCCGAACCCGAAGCUGAGGGUUAAAUAGAUUUGCAACGUAAUAAAGGCAUAUUUUUUAUUAAUGUAAUUACUCAAAUUUAACAUCUACAAUAUAUUUCGCUCUAAAUAAAUGGUUUUUAUUAAUUUGACGUUACAUGAUUAUUUAUUAUGAUUUGAAGUUUCUACUUUAUUGUCAUUUGUGACGUUAAAUUUAAUGUUUUAUGUUUUGAAAUAUCUUUAUAAAAUGAUUAAUCGGCUGUUAAAUAUUUGGAAAAAUAGUAGCGACUAUUUUCAUCUGCAGAAGUAUGCAAGACAACGUAAACGAUGCGAAAUUGAGUUGGAGAUAUUGAAGAAGAUGAAAUUUGAUGUAACUACUGAAAUAGAAAAGCAGGAGGACAACGUAAAAAAAAUGUUGGAGUCUCUUAAUGAAAAAAUGGAAUUGAGGCACAACAAUGUGAAAAAAUUGAACAAAUAAUGGCCGUUAGGAAAGAGUUUAGGUACUAUUACAUAUUUUGAAAAAUAUAUAUACAAUAUACAUUAUUGAAAUUGUAAAUAAUAUAUUUAAUAUAUUAAUAAAUUAUUGAAAUUACAA